AUGGGGGACGGGGAAAGAAUUAGAUUUUGGCAUGACUUGUGGUGCGGAGACUCGGUUUUGAAAGAAGUCUUUCCUGAUUUAUUUGGUAUUGCUCGGGUGAAGGAUGCGUCAGUGGCAGACAAUGUGGAAGUUUUGGGCGGUUCAACUCAGUGGAACGUCUUACAUGCAACCAGAGUGAACAGAGAUCGGGCAGACAGACUUUGGUGGGUGGCUUCCAAGAAAGGUUUAUUCAAGGUCAAGUCUUUUUUCAGAUCUUUGACUUGCUCUGGUGAUUCUUGGUUCCCUUGGAAGUGUGUGUGGCGGACUCAAGCACCUCCAAGGGCAGCCUUUUUUACUUGGUCUGCUGCACUAGGAAAGAUCCUUACUGUGGAUAAUCUUAGGAAGAGGCAUUUGAUCAUUGUAGACAGAUGCUGUUUAUACGCUUUCAAUAAGACUAUUAUUACUUUUCAAAAAAAAAAAUUUUGCAGCCUGAGUAUUCCAGAAAAUUACAAUGGCUUGAACUCCCUUUCAUCCCUCGCAUUGAAAAAGACAAGUUUAAAUCAAGAGGAUGUGGAUAACAUUUUGUCUAGUUGCCCAUCUUUAGAAUGGUUUAGUAUAAGCGAAUGCCGUUGUCCAUUUCGUUUAAAAUUAUCUAGUGGAUGUCGGUUUCUCAGGCUGAGGCACUUGAGGAUAUUUCGUUGCGAGCCUUUAGAAAGAGUUGAAAUUCAUGAUGCCAUAGGUAUUGCAUCAAUUGAGUAUGACGCAAAGAUGUUUGGGCAGGUCUUGUUAAAGAACAUUGCAGAACCUGUUAGACUAUGUGUGACUUUGCAGUCUAAUCGUAGAACUUUGCAGUCUGAUCGUAGAACUUUGCAGCCUGAUCCUAGAACUCAAAUAACAUAUGUCCUUAGCACACUUGCAAAAGACUUUCCUCUAGUUGAAACUUUAUUAGUGUCCACUCCAUUUGUCCAGGUUGAUUUAAUACCUAAGCCCUUAACCACAUUUACUAGACUCAAGCAAUUGAAGCUAUUAGGUGUAAGAUUUAGAAAAAUCUUGCUGGACCUGACCUCUGCUUUUUUGGAGGCGGCUCCAUCAUUGGUUGAACUUGAGAUGGAUCUCCAUCUUCCCUGCAGUGAGGAAGAACGGAUAAAGCGCCAAAAGAUAAUAGAAGGAGCAGAUUACAGAGAGCACAAAAAGAUACCUCUUAAAGAAUAUUGUCAACAUCAGCGUCUCAAGAAAGUGGAGCUACGUGGUUUUUAUGCUUGUCCAAUUGAAUUUGACCUUGCCGUACUUCUGCUAAAAAAUGCUAUUCUGCUUGAGAAGAUGAGAAUUGUUCUAGAAAUAACACCUUAUUUAGGCGACGGUGAAUGCUGUGUUAUGGAGAUAUCCAAAACUAAAAUCGAGCGAGAGCGAAUUCUCAAAAUUCUGGGUCCGGAGGUGCCAUCUACAGUUAAUUUAGUACUCGAGUGAUCUUUCUUGUUAUUAUUUUCGUGGGGGGAAAUAUGUUCUUCCUGUGAAAAUUUUCAUGGAAGAAAACGAUGAAUAUUUAUUGUGCAGUUUACAUGAUGAUUUA